UUUUGGAUUUCUUUUCCAUCUGCCCAAUGGCUCUUUUCAGGCAGUCCUGUACCUGGGUGCUUUUCCUCUUGCUGUCAGCAAUUCAUGUUCAGGCACAGAAUUCAGAUUGUGGUGUGCAGGAUAACAUUGUUAAUGUCCAAGAGAAUAACCCUCCUAUGGCUUUGAUUACCAACAUUACUGCAGCUGACGGUGUCACAGUAAAAAUUAACCCAUCGGUAAUGAAUGGUGACCAGUUUGAGAUUCAGAACUCACAACUUCUCCUGAAAAAUUCAGUGGAUUAUGAGGUUUCAACAGCACUAGUUGUAGAACUACAGUGCUUCACAGCGGAUGUAGUCGUAAAUAGUAUUAUGGUUGUAGUGAACAUUAUCAAUGUGAACGACAACCCUCCUGUGUUUCCAGAAACCAACAUCACCGUCAAUGUUCGAGAGGAUCUAACAGUGAACACAACUGUUGUGCCCCAGGCUAAUGUAACAGCUAAGGACGCUGACAAAGACACAAUAUAUUACAGCCUUACAGCAGACCCACCAGUAGGAUUGGAGUAUUUUAACAUUGAAGGAGUUAAUAACCCGGAAAUUUACUUGCUCAGAACCCUGGAUUAUGAAAAAAUUAACUACAUGCAGUUUGUCUUAUAUGCCAUGGAUGGGAAGGCCAGUGAAGCUCCACACACAGCCACUGCAACAAUAACCAUACAUAUCCUACAGGCUGACCGGAGACCUCCCUGGUUCCAGCCAUGCACUUCUUUUGGAGGGAAUAUAAUGUGCAUCAACCACGGCUACACUGGCAAGGUCAACAUCUCGGAGAAUAUGAAUGAGUCUUUGGUCUUGGAGCCAGGACCCCUCUAUGCUAUUGAUGGGGACAGAGAUUUGAAUGAAAAAGUAGAGUAUGCAAUUGCUGAUGGAAAUGAUGACACAUUCUCAAUAAACAAGGAUUCUGGGGAAAUAACAAUGAACAAGACUGUUAACACUCUGAAGACUUUCAUGUUGUAUGUUGUGGCUUUCCAGACCAACAAUCCAUACAGAUAUUCCCAAACAACAGUGGAAAUCAAGGUUGUGCGUAGAAAUGACCACAAGCCGCACUUUGAGAAAACCCUUUACGCAGGAACUGUGUCUGUUGGCCUGCCUGUUCCCAGCCUGGUCAUGGAGGCUGGGAAACCUUCAGUGCCCCUACGCAUCGUUGCAGUGGAUGAUGAUUUCACUGAUAAAUUCAAUCCUGAUAUCAAAUACCAAAUCCAAAACAGCACGAAUUUCACAGUUACUGUAGAUGGAUUUCUCCUGACUGCUGUAGUUUUGGAUGCGGCCUCCACUGUCACCCUUUCGGCUAUUGCUAAUGACACAGCUACUCUGCAAGAGGACAGCACCCUGAUAACUGUAGAUGUCAAGCCUUUGGAAACUACAACCAUUCUUCCUACAACCAUCACUACCACAGGGGCAGGGACCACUAUUUCAGAUAUUUCAGAUUUACCACCGGGGACAAUCACUACUCUUCCUGUAACACCUUCUGCAAGUACAACCAGGAAUACUGCCAUUACAGAGAAGCCUGCAACAGGCCCAACAUCUGACUCAAUCAUCCCUCCUUUUGUAACUACAACAAAGUCUCCCAUAAUCACAGGUAGCACUUUAGAACCUCAGACCGCCAGUUCUCCCAUCACUGGGAUAAGCCAAGCAACAGAUAGGACUGAUGAAUCUACUGCUGAAACAACUUUUCAGUCUGGAGUAACUGAGCCUUCCAUAUCCACGGCAACAGGUGGAACGGUCCGAACUGUUACUUCAGCUUCUUCUCAGACUGGAACCACCACCACCCCACAUCCCAUAACAGAUAUAAGCCCAGGAACAGAUAAACUGUCGACUGCAAAUACACCUUCUCAGGCUGGAACUACCACAAAGCAUCCCAUAACAGGUGAGACCCCAGCAACGGAUGAUAUAGGGCAAUCUACUACUAAGGCACCUCAGACACAAACCACCAAAGUAACUGAUACGACUGUUUCUUCCACUGUUCCAACACCUCUCUAUAAUGGAACAAUCAACUAUGCCACAGGAGAUGCAACUGGAAUAGCCACCCUAUCGAUAACAACUUCAUCUUCUGGGAACCAACAAGGUAAUUCAUCUCAUAGACUAUCAGAACCUGUGUCUCCUCAAACACCCACCACCACAAGUUGCCCAAGACAUAGAGUAAACAUGUUAUUCAGAGGCAGACUAUACAUGACAUUUGUCAUGUGGUUUGGUCCUGCAUAUGUGGUUUUCUUUCACAAAUACUGCUAUUACCCCUGUUUCCAAUGGUACAAUGCCAAUGGAUUCAUCUGUGAAGGACCAAAAUGGGUGUCCCAUUUUGACUCCCAUCAGAAUGCGAGAUUGUUUCCAAUAUCAGGCUAUUGUUUUAUGUUUUUGUUUUCAGAACAGAGUUGUCCGUAUAGAACAGAGGACAUGGUUGCUUUGGGCACCACUUUGGGAUGUUUACUGCUAGUCACAUUAGUGCUGCUUGGGCUGGUCUCCUACAAGUAUUACAAACUAAGACCUGGAGAAGACAGCGAAUCUGUUAAAGGCUUGAUCAAUUCCAACUUCGAAGGCGAUAAGAACUCCAACUCAGGUGGAAAGGAUGAUAAGUUGCCACCAAGUGUGAAGUCUGAAGACAACAAGCCAGUUGCAGAGAAGUGGUCAGGCACCCUGCCUCCUUUGGAGGAGACAGCGGGAAGCAGCCAGGAAGCAGCAGCUUCUGAAACGAACAAGGAAGGUGAAGAAGGCAACGGGGACACAGACAGUGAUAAGGAAGUAAGAUCCAUCCUCACUAAAGACAGAAGGAUGUCAGACGAUGGCUACAAAGCAGUGUGGUUUAAAGAAGACAUUGACCCAGAAGCUAAGGAUGAUGUUUUGAUGAUUGAAAAUGACAGCGAUACAGAACGGAAAGGGAACGAGAGUGACAGUGACAAUGCUGACGACCAGGCUGGUGACAAUGAAGUUGGUGAUGGUGCCAGAGGGGACAGUGACAGGUCCUUCACUCUAGGAAGACCUCAACUCCCAGAAAUUGAUUCUACUGAUGAUCUUCAGGAUAUAGAAGUAAAUGGUGCUUAUUUGUAGGUGAAAUAUUGUCCAGAAUUCUGUGACAGAGCUGACUGUUUUACACUAUGUUCUGACCAAACUUCUGCAGCUUCUUCCUAUGACCUCGGCCAAAUAAUGAGCAGCAUUCAACAGGAAGGGCAGU